AUCAACUUUAAACAUUUUAUUUCUCAAUCAACCAAUUGAUGGUAAGAGAAUAGAAACAUACGACUACGUACAUAGUAUUAUUAUGCACUAUCUACCUAAGUACUGUCGCUCCUUUAUCGACAGAGAUCCUCUCAAGUUUCUCGCCUACCUAGUUAUGAUACUUAAUUAAUCGCCUUGAUUCAACAAAAAGGAAACAUGGCUCCUAGAGGAAGCAUUACACCACGGACCAUCAUGGCACCAAUGGCAGCCUUCACGAUGGCCUGCGUUUUAUUUGUUUACACGCGCACUUCCAUGAGAGAAGCCAAGCGCAAUGCUCAAAUUGAACGAGAGUACAGAAGACACCAUCCGAAUGACAAUGGCAGGAGCACCUAAGUGAGAGUACCUAGCUAGGUUAGGUGCCUGGUCGACACUACUAGGUAACCUAGACGUGUUACAGUCCAAGUAACGUUAUACUUCGUGCAUAGCCGUUGAGGGAUUACCUACCCAGUAAUCCUAGGACUUCAGCUAUUAAGACCGGACGAGGAGAGAGGGAAUCAUAGAGGUUCGAAUUACAGGGCUUCACCAGCUAACUAUACCCAAGGAAUUAUGAGAAUUAUGAGAAUUAUGGGUGUGGGGUCGUGGUGGAUAUCCAAGGAUGAAAUUAUUGCACGAAGGAAUCACCGUAUACGAUGAAAGUCAUGCAGGAAACGCCAACAUGAAGAAUACUCAUUGACCUACCUGAGAUUAUUACUUUCUUAUCCACCAACGAUAUUGUGUUAUGAAGCAUCCAUACUACCCUAUGUACUGUACUUACUACUAGUACUUACUACUAGUAGUAGGUAGGUAGGUACCUAGUAUUGUACAUUACAUAUUAUGUAGUGAGUGAGUGAGUGAGUUAUGUAGGUUAGGUUGUUUGAGAUCUUGGAUGACAUUUACCGAUCGAAUAAUAGGCACAUGUUCAGGUGGCACAAUGACCCCUUUAGGGCAUCUUACCUGCCUGAUUAGCGCCAAUUAAAUAAAGUUGUAGGC